AUGGCACUUAGAUUGAGUGAAGAGGAGCUAGAACUAGUUGCUACAGUUUUGAGGAACUUAUGGUUGAGAAGAAAUAUAUUUAUCUUUGAAAAAAAAUUCACUAGUCCUGAUACCAUACAAUUCAAGGAAGCUAACUAUGUUGGAGGUCGAGUGAGUAACCAUAACAAUAGAGAGUUGGUAAGAUGGAGUAAGCCUAGAGAUGGUGCUUCAAAAGUUAAUUGGGAUGUUGCCUUUGUUAUAAAGAACAAGAAGAUGGGAGCAGAGAUUGUUAUUAGAGAUCAUCUUGGUGAUAUUUUUAUGUCUGCAUGUAUGCCAAAUAACUAUGUUAUGUCUUCAGCUCAAGUAGAAGCUAUAGCUCUUUGGAGAGCCUUAAAGUUGUGUGAAGAAGUUCAGGUGGGUAGAGCUGAGUUUGAAGGGGAUGCUCUGAGUGUGGUAAAGGCUGUAAAUAGAGAAUAUGAUAAUUAG